GUAAGUGUAGGCGUGAGUCAGUAGCAGAGUUCGACACUCAAAUAAAAUGUGACGAAUUUUCUCUUUCAUUUUCGAUGUUUAUAAAUAAGAAUCUCUCAAGAUAAGGUUAAGCAGCUACUAGCGACAUCGAAAUGGUGGCUCCAACAAACAUUAGUGAUGCUUUGUGGCAUUCCUAUGCCUAUACUGGAUGCUUUGGAACAUUUAACACCAUGUCCUGUGUUCGGGACUCAACUCUAACUUGUCUUGCCUUUUUUACUUGUUUGAUAUGCAUAUUCAAGGUCGUUAAACUUCACAGACAUCAUCAUUCGUUACCAAAUCAAUAUAUCAUAUACUAUAGUGGGAUUGUCAAUUGUAUCUUAUGUGGUCUUAACUGGCUCUACCUGGCCAAAACCCCAGUACUUCUAGUGACGCAGUUCCUCAAAACAUCCUGUCAGAUUCUGACAGUCACACACUUUCAUUGUUUGCUUGCUGCUCGUAUGACGAGACGAGAAGAAACAUUUAAACUAUUUAAUAUUCCCAUUAUGUUUGUGCUAUUGAUGUAUAUGUUGGUUACUGUUAUCGUUGGCUUGGCAACCAUGAAAUCUGAAUUUAAUGAAUGUAAAGAGCCAGAAUGGUUGCUCCUUUCUUCUGCGGAAUUCUUCAUUGUUCAAUUUUUCCUUGUCGCUGGCAUUUGUAUUUCUAGAGAGCUCAAUGUAGUGCGAAUGCAAGAAAAUAACAGAGCUUCUCAAAAGAGAGACUUGUGGGGGAUUAUCUUUGUGUUUGAGAUAUCUGCCAUGGCAAGUCUAAUACAUGAUAUUGUGAUGAGGAUCACUGGUCCAAGUAAUUCUUGUCAAGGAGUGUUUCUGAAUACAGCAGCUGGAUAUACAGCUGUUUAUAUCACUGUUAAGAUAAUAAGGUGGUUCCUGCCGCUAUGGGCCAUUGCAAUAAUAUUUGGUAUAGAGGCAAACCAUGAGAUGGUUGAGAGACAGCCUAUCUACAUCACUCCUGGGAACUCAGGGAAUUUCACUUCAGCAUUCCGUCCUCGUGGUACUAGCUUCAACUACAAACACCUUUAUGAUGACCCUCCACCAGCAGAAAGACCACUUAUCUCGCCAUAUGGGUCAUCUUCUGGUGGCAUGGAUGCUUAUGGAUCAUUUGGUAAGUCACCUAAAGACCUCAGAAGUGGACAAACUUACCCUCAGAUAUGAUCUAGACAAGACUAGAAUAGAUGUACAGACAGAGCUUGGACUUCAUCUCUUCAGUCCAAUGUCAGGGCUUGAUACCAAUCAAGUUUAUAAAUAAUAUAUCAGUUCACACAAUGAUAGUAAUAAUGAGACUAGCUAUCAUCAGAAGGACUAGAGUUCUCCAGGUUCAUAUAACAUCUUGACAACAA